AUGAAUGUUUCUCUCUACCUUCUGACCGUCGCUCACUUGAUUUGUGCCGCCGCCGGAGCACAGCACGCCUCUUUGGAGCGCCAACUUCUGGAGGAGGAGAUCAGUUCGGGACGCAGGACUUGCAGGCUCUACUGUAGGGUUGGCAUCGGCUUCCAUCUCCAGAUUCAUCCCGACGGCAGAGUAAACGGCAGCCAUGAGCCCAACCAACUGAGUGUCCUGGAGCUCUUUGCGGUUUCUCAAGGGGUCAUCGGCAUCAAAGGGGUCUACAGUAACAGAUUCCUUGCCAUGAAUAAAAGAGGACGGCUCCAUGCCACUGAAUGGUUCACAGACGACUGUAAGUUCAGGGAACGUUUCCAGGAGAACAGCUACAACACUUACGCCUCAGUAAUCCACAGGAACCACAGGACUGGUCGCGAAUGGUACGUGGCCCUCAAUAAGAGAGGGAAAGCUAAAAUGGGCUCCAGCCCGCGGGUCAAAUCCCAGCAUGUCUCCACCCACUUCUUGCCCAGGGUCACCCUGCACAACAAGAGUGAGCGAGGCUUCACCAUCACAGACAGGAGCAAAGAGAGGAGGAAAGCCCCGCCACCGCCACCACCACCCAAACCUUCUCUGGCGAAGGCUAACAUCCAUGCGGGAACAGCACCGAGACGCACACAAGUGAAGUACUGGCCCAAAUACCGGUUUGGAUAGAUGUCAUAGGGUUUGGAUCUAUAGGGGCAUACAAGUUGCAUAGACGUUGGGCAUCUAACUAAUGGACGUACCCAAAAGACUGACAAUGAUCAUUUAUUACAUUCAAAGCAUUCCGGGUAUCUAUGAAGCAUGUGAAAAACCUCAAAGGGCUGCCAGGUACAACUAUUGAGCUUUUCUUUGUUGAAGCUAUGAUCAGAGUUGGGAGUUGUCUUUCCACUUGAGCUGAUGAUGCUCAGUCCUGUUUUAUGUUAUAAUUUGUGUACAUGGGAAACUUGCCCCAUUGACAUUUGAGAUCAGAUGCUGUUAAAAGUGAAAUCUAUAACUUUCUGCACAUUCUUGGUGAGGCAUACUGAAAAUGAUAUUUGAAUUAUACAUCAAAAACAGAAGAGUCAUUCAUGUUGUCCUGCUAUCUUGCUGGCUAAAUGAAAAUGUCCUCAACUGGCCCUGUGAGGUCCUUUAUCAUUUCCUAGGAACUGUACAAAAAUGAUUAUGGUGCAGAAAGAGGAACAGGUAUGUGUUUUUCUUUUUCCUUUCAAAUUUCUUUUAAAUAAAAGAUCAAAAUUGAAAUAGGAGGAAGAUAAAGAUGCCCCUGGGUCAUAAAUGUGCAGUUUGCCAUAAGCAGACAACAAUCAUGUCUUUGUAUCUGGGCUUUAUUUUCCUCCAAAUAAUCAACCAGUGGUUAAUAAGGAAACAAUAUUUAAGUUUUGAGAAACAGAAAACGAGUGGAUAUUAAUAAUUAAUAAUUGUAAGAGGUCUCCAUUUUUCACUAGCCAGCAGUGGCUCCUACCUUCAUUUUACAGUAGAUGUCAGUAGAGAUGUUAGAGAGUGCCCUUUGCAAUUGUUUUUCUCACUCAAACAGACGGUCUAAAAAAAAGAUUCAUAUUUCUGGGGAUGCUUUUGUAAUUUUAAAAGUGAAACUAUUUUUGUACAUUCCCAUUUUUCAGAGUACAACAAAACAUAGGUUAGGGAUUUCAGCUUUAAACACUGAAAAAUGAUUAUAUCACAACACAUGAACGGGUCUUUCAAACCUUGCUCGGAAAGUGCUUCAAACAUGUCUCCUACCUAAACAUAACAGACCAAUUGUCCCCUUUCCCAACACCAGAUUUAUGAUAAUCAACAUGAAAACGAGGACUGGUUAUCUGCAGACAGGCCCCUUCCUCCUGGACAGCUGUGAGGGAUCAGGGAGAAAACUGCCCUUCAAAACUAUCAUUUCAGCAACCGGCUGUCCCCCCAAAAAAUCCAGAGUCAUGACCUCACGGCAUUCCACUCGCUGUCACCGCAGGGAUAAAGAUGCCAAGAAAGAGCAGUCACUUGUUUUGGGGAAGGUUGAAGCUGUAGGUGUAUCAGAUGGCAAACAGCCGUAGAAAGGCCCUGUAGGAACAUACGGACAUCUCUGGGGAGGAAGGCAGGGUUUGACUUAAAGUACAUGAGCCUGAAUUAUAAAUUAAUUGCUGUAUUUCA